AUGACACCCAUUGACCCUACCGACCUGACAACAGAGGGUGGCGGGACCGGUCAGAUCAUUAUGGUCCACGCCGAGAAUGAAACUCCGAGCGACCUUACCCGCAGUCUCAGUCGGUACUCUCUGACGAAGAGAUGGGUACAAAGACCAAAUCAGAUCCUCCCCAGAAGGGUGAUGGAUCUAAAGGUGAAUCAAAGUCCUCUGAUCUGACAGAGGAAGAACCCAAACUUCUUAGGCAAAUACUCAGUAGAAUACGGAGAAAAGGAGAUAAUAAAGCAGAUCUCUCUGCCUUCGCCGCUGUCCAGCCUGACACUUCUGAGCCAAGCAUGGUGUCUGUUCAGCAGACUGCAGUUCAGGAGGAAGUGUGUAUGUCCUUACAGGAGUCUGCGACACAUUCACUGGCUGACACCUCUGUCGCUCUUGAACCUCAGGACAGUACAUCACAGGAAACGACAUCUACCAGCACCGUCUUGGUAGUGCAGGCGAACUCCACAGAGGAGCCAGCCGAAGAAGACUCCUCACUUAUUCGGCUUGAACCACCUUUCCUCCAAUUCUUGUGCAACCUCACUGAGAAAGGCAUUGCACAGAAGUUUAACAUCAACACCGUUCUUGAAAAUGAACUUCAACAUGAAGCACUCUUAGACACUGCUGCUGACAUCACUUUGAUGUCCUCAACGCUUUAUAACCACUUGCGCAAUAUGGUGCAGUCCAACAGGGACAUCAAGCUGCAGCCCUGCGCCAUGGAGAUUCGGACGUACUCCGCAGACAGUAUGACUUUAAAAACAAUGACCAUGUUGAACAUCUCCAUUGGACCAAUGAACAUCAUGCACCCCGUGUAUGUGUCACACCUUGAGUCGAUUCCUUUCCUCAUUGGUCAAGACCUCUUAAAACGGUUUGAGCCCCUGAUAGAUUAUCGACAGCUAAAAACAUGGGCACAGGUCCGCAGACCAUUACCCAUACCAGCAACCGACAGAAAUCGGGCUCAGUGUUACGCCAGGAUGGGUGAACUUGCUACAAGCACACCGGCAAGUGUAGGCUCUCCGGAGCAACCCUACUUGUCUGACGAUGAGCCACAACCUUGCUCGUGGCCUUUCGAUGACUCAGUCACGAAAAGAGACAUGUUUUUGUGCAAAUUGGACGACACCAAUGGACCCGACACCCCCGGGCCAUUGAUCACUGAUGGCGUUAAGUUGAAUGAGAAUCACGUCAACGAUGUGAUUUUGGCUCUUUGGGCUGACAAAUUGACCAUCAGCCAUGAACUGUAUGACACCUUGUCUAGGGAUGACCCAAACCUUCAGUGUGUUCGGAAAGCAUUUCGCUUCCCCUUGGACUCCCUUCCUAAAGCUACCAUGACCCCACUUCAGACACUGCAGUGCACAAGGGUGAAAACUUACCUGUCCAGCUGUGGGAGUCUCCUUUACAGCCUAACAUUAUGGAUGAAAGCCUACCUGUUCUCUCGGCCCUGUCGUUCAGUGACAGUAGUCAGGAUGAAGGAUCCUUUGUCAAUGAGCCUUCUGAGAAAGUGUCAGUGA